AUGGACAGCGUACUCGAAGAAGAGGACUCUAGCGCCCCCGUCCCGCGCCUGCGGAAAUGGCCCAGGCUGAAGCCCAUCCACAAGAGCUCAAUGCUGUCUCAACCCAAUCAGCAAGGCCACAGCAUUGGGGUGAAUCCAAGGGCAGCUGUACGGGGAUCUUUUCAGGAGGGAGGACGUGAACGGGCUGACACAGUGGGUCUAGAAGAAGCAAGGUUAGAAGCACAACGGGACUCGGGCUUGGAGUCUGGGAAGGAGGUUGAAGAACGAGAGCUGGAGCACAAAGUAGCAAGCGAUGGGGCAGCUGCUUUGCUGAGGCACUCUGGAGUUGAUUCAGUGGAAAGGACCAUGUUAAAAAAUGGUGUGCAGGCAACCGAAAACGAGCAUAUUGGUAGGAUCAACAAAGAAGGGGACAGUGGCAAGUUGGCCACACGAAAAGAUCCUGACAGCGAUGCAAUUGAGCAGCCAGCUGCUGAACUUCAGGGGCCGCCUUUGACCAGAGGUGCCCAAUACAAGGAGCCGCUUUGUGACCAUCCAAGUGCACGAGAGAGGGACGAGUCAGAGUCGGCCACACCCAGCUUGAAAGCAUCAGCCAAGAGAAAGAAGGUCGCCGUACCGUCUCAGGGGUCCUCGCUCCGAAGCUCUGUGGCUAGCGUACACAGACAGCCCCAGGAGCGGAGCACGGGACGAGUCAGCGAGUCCUUGACGGACGUUGCUCGAAUACUAAACGAGAAGCACGGGAGGGAGAAUGCGCCAAACACACCGCUGCUGAAGCAACGUCCCAGCUCUGCUCGGAGCAGCUUGCGGGGUCCGCCAGUGGAGCGGGGAGGGCCCUUGCGGAAGUCGGUUCUCACGCCCAGGUCCAUCUCCGGCGAGAACGGCACAAAAAAUACGGCCCAGAAGGUCGACCAAGGGGCCAGAGAAGCAGCUCUUGUAAGGAAAAUGGGGAACCCGUCGUCAGAUAGUGUGCCAUUAUCAGCAACCAGGCCUUUGCUAAAUCCGGCAAGUGAAUCAUCUGAACGAGGAGAAGAGCAGCCAAUACGAAAUAGUGACCCAGGUUGUCAGGCAAUCUCAUCUGAGGAGCAGAAAGCGGAGGCAGAAGGGGCAUGGGGGGAAAGUAUGACAGGCACCGGGUUGGAGGCCUCAGAAACAAAGGACGAGUCAGAGAGAGGUGGCAUUGGCCUGGACAUGGACGCAGUAGGGACUUUGACAGCAGGGGGCAUCGACGAGGAGGGGGCUCAACCAGAAGAUGUAAAGAAGGUGGAGACAACACUUGAAAGUUUUGGGGAAAGGCCGAGCAGCGCUUUAGACAUUUCCCAGGGUGCGGAAGCUGCCACCUCGUCACUUGCCCAGCCAUCUGAAUUUUCUGGAUUCGAUAGGAGUUCGAACGUGCUGUUGGAGAAGCAAUGUCCACCAACCAACUCUAAGCAGCCAAUAGAUGCUUCGGCCUUAGAAAGAAAAGGUACUUCGGCUAGUUCGAUGGCAACCCUUGGCCAGCCCGAUCUGCCGGACAGCAAAGCUCUUCUGCAGCCCGCUCGCACGUCGCUGUCCGCUCAGAAGCUGUCGAGCAUCUUGAAGUACCUGGAAGAGGUCAAUGCCAGCCAGCAGCAAUACCCUUCCGAGUCAGAAGACAUGGCGUCGUCAAGCGCAGAACUUCUCCGGCCAACAAGGAUCCAAGUGGCCCGCGUUAGGCACAGACUGUCGUCUACUUUUGAAGACGGCGAGUCUGAGGCCGGGUAUCCGCUCGACUCAAUGAGCACGGCGUCUCUGGAAGCGGCCUCCAGGAUGCGCGGGCUUGAGGGGCCGUCCGGCACUGCUUCCGAAGCGAGCUUCCUACUCGAGAAGACUCCGAGACGUGCGAACACGGCCCGCAGCCGGCCCCCAGAAACCGGGGGAACCGGAACCGGAACGAGCAGCCCUGUGUCCAGAAGCGGCCAGGGGCCUGCUUUGGUGGCGAGCGUGUACCAGGGUGUGAAGGCGAAGCUGCGUGCACUCAAGGGCGAGAUAGCGCUGCGAGACGAGGCGAUUGCAGCCCUGCGGGAGGAGGUGCGGGCGGCGCAGGAAAAGCACACGGCAGAGCUGAAAGAGCUGGAGUCUCGUCAUGCUGCGUCAUGCCAGCGUCAGCAGGCGGAGUACGAGGCUGCGCUGGCGCGCCACCUGGCGUUCGUUGACAAGCUGCUGGGCGACAAGGACAAGCUGGCCGCCAAGUGCACGCAGAUGGCGGCGGACGUCAAAGCCGCAGAAAUCAAGGUGAGCAGGGCGGCAGCGUUCGAGGAGCGGGUGCGGGGCGUGCAGGAGCAGAGCGCGCGCGAGCUGAAGAAGGCGCGCGAGCAGUGGGCGGCCGCGGAGAAGGUGAAGCGCGAGCAGUGGAUGGCCGCCAAAGUGCACGAGGUCAAGGCCAUGACCGUCAAGGGGCUGGAGCCGCAACUGCAGCGACUUAUCGAGAAGCACAAGUCGGACGUCCAGCGGCUGGAGGCGCGCCACGUGGCAGAGCUCCGAGCGCAGGCGGACAAAGUGACGGCGGGUCACGAGCAGGAACAACGGCAUCAAAGGGAACGCCUACUCAAGGAGAAGGACGAGGCGAUCGAGCAAGAGCGGAACAGCGCCCAGACCAGGCUGCGGGAACAGUCGGAAAGGUACGAGCAGCAGCUACUGCUCGCGCGCAUGCGCGUCGGCGCCGACAUGGCCGUCCAAAUCGAGCGCGCCGAGGCCGCGCGGCGCGACGACAAGAAGCGCCACGAGGAGCUGCUAAACCUCAAAACCCUGGAGGCGCAGGAACGCGAGGCCGCGCUGCGCCAGGAGAUGGCGCGCGCGGUGCAGUCUGCGGCGGCGGAGGGCCGCGCGGCCGCGGAGAAGGCGGCCGCGCAGGUCGCGCAGGAGAGGAAAGAGUGGGAGGCGGCGCUGCAGGAGAGAGUGCGCGAGGAGUGCGCGCGGCGCGAGGCGGAACUGCGGCGGCGGAGCGACGAGCAGAUGCGCGACGAGCUGAAGGUGGUGAUGGCAAGGCUGGCGGCUGAGAAAGAGGAAGAAUUAGAAAAGCGGGUCAGCGCAGAGGUAGAGCGGGCGAGGCAGGCGGAGAAGAGCGCGGAGGAGGCGCGCAAAGGGAGGGACGACCUGGAGACGCGGCUCGAGAAGCGGAUUCAAAGUGCAGUGCAGGCAAAGGCGGACGCGCUGCAAGCUUUGGUGGCGUGCCAAGAGCAGCGCGAGAGCCUCGCGCAGCGGUGCGACAUGGAGGGGCGCGAGAUCCACAGCAUGAGGAAGCAGGUGGAGGCUCUGACGCAGAAGCUGGAGAGCAGCGACGCAGAGCUCCGCUCGCGGGUAGCGGAACGGACGGAACAGUUGCGGAAGCAGGUGGGAGAGGUGGAGAACCGUGAAGAUCAGCUGAGACAGCAGCUGCGGGCCGCGGUCGCCGCGAGUGAGGCGGUUAAAGCCAAACAGGCGGAGGAGCUGUCCGCGGUGGAGGCGCAGGUGCGCGCGGCGAUCGCGGCGCGCGACGCGACGGUGACGGCGCUGCAGCGGCAGCUGUACACCGCGCAGGAGCGCGUGCGCGACAUGGAGCAGCAGCAGCACGACCUCCUGGAAAGCUCCAUGUGA